CCAGUAGUACCAGUAGCAGAAGCUGCAGUAUCUGAGUAGUAGUGUGGGGAACGAGUGCCCAAAGUAGGAAGGGUUGCUUUGCUCAUCUUGGUUCGCUACUCUUCGCUUCUUACAUCCCUGUCAGUGUCGCCGGCAUAGCUGCAACAAGCACGCACGCACGCACGCAAGCAAGGAAAGAUGGCCAAGGAAACCGAGACGCAGCUCGAAGCCAUCGUCGUCGGCGCCGGCUUCAGCGGCAUCACUGCUGCGCACCGCUGUCGCGUCGACCUCGGCCUGACGCGCAUCAAGGUGUUUGAGAAGAGCGACAACUGGGGCGGCACAUGGUGGAACAACCAGUACCCGGGAGCGGCGUGCGAUGUGCCAACGAGGCUCUACUCGCUGUCGUACGCGCAGAGGAAAACAUGGAACCAGUUUUUCAGCGGGCAGGAGGAGAUCCACGACUACACGAUGAGCGUGGUGCGAGACCUCAACCUGGGCCACCUCGGCCACAUGAAGCACCAGGUCCUUUCGGCUGACUACGACGCCACCCGUGCCCACUGGACCGUGUCCGUCAAGGACCUGACCAACGACAAGGUGACGACCUACACGUCUCGGGUCCUCUUUUCGUGCGUCGGCGCCCUGAGCGUGCCGCGCGAGUGCGACGUGCCCGGAUGGAAGGACUUCAAGGGUCCACUCUUCCACAGCGCCCAGUGGCGCAAGGACGUAGACCUGACCGGCAAGGACGUCGUCGUCCUCGGCAAUGGGUGCAGUGCAGCACAGAUUGUGCCCGAGAUUGCGCCCAAGGUCAAGUCGCUCCUCCAGAUUGUUCGCGCAAAGCACUGGAUCGCGCCUCAGUUUGAGGACAUCUUCGGCAUCGUGCCCCACAUGUCCUGGAUCGAAAAGAAUGUGCCGGGCAUCGUUUCGUUGCAGCGCUACAUCAUCGCUGCCGUCCUGGAGAGCCACUUUCUUCAGGCAUUCAAAAAGGAGGGAAAGGAGGCGCGCCAGCGCUUCGCCGCCGUCUCAAAGCGCUACGUCGAGCGGUGUGCCCCGCCAGAGUACCACGACAUCAUCAUUCCAAAGGACGGCGAGCUUGAGGUGGCAUGCAAGCGCCGCAUCUUUGACAGCAGUGGCUAUGUGCCCUGCCUCGGUCGCAAGAAUGUCGAUGUGACCCGCGACCAGGCAGCCAAGAUCGAGGCGGACAGCGUUACGCUGCAGAGCGGCCGCAAGGUGCAUGCAGACGUCAUCGUUCUCGCCAACGGCUUCCAGACGGACCAGUUUGCGUGCCAGAUGGCCAUUCGGAACGCCAAGGGGGUCCGCCUGGAAGAGUACUGGAAAAAGCAAAAGGGGGCUCCUCAGGCCUACCGGACCAUGUGCGUGUCUGGCUUUCCCAACCUCUUUGUCGUCUGGGGCCCUUCGAGCGUCACGGGCCACUACAGCGCCAUCCACUCGAUUGAGCGCAGCGUCGAGCUGGCCACGCGCAUCCUCAAGCCCGUCUUUGCGGCGUCCUCGUCUGGGGACCCGCGCGAAGUGUCGCUCUCACCCCUGCACCGCAGCGCAGGACGAUCCAUCGUCGUCAAGUCGGCCGCCGAGGACUUUGAGCAGGACUUUAUCCAGACGCAGAUGAAGGACCUCAUCUUUACCACUGGCUGCGCCUCGUGGUACGUCGAUGAAAAGACGGGCCGGGUCACCGCCGUCAAUCCCUCGUUCCAGACGACGGUGGCCUGGCGCGCCCUCUUUCCCCAAUUCAACGACUACGAGUACGCGGGCAUGUCGGCCAAGCAGGCCUGGAAGGCGUGGAGCCUCGGCAACCGCCUCGCCUCGCUCCUCGGCCUGGGCUCCACCCCCGACGUCCGCCCAAUCAGUGCGCGCAGAAACGUGAGCUUCUUGUCCAGGCUCUAUGCGCGCCUCACCUGGCCGCUCCGCCACAUCCUAUACCGCUUCUUUGUCAUUGUGCUUCGGGGUGCCUCGGCGCUCGCUGACAAAGCAACAAGGUACCGAAUCAUCCCGCCUCCCCCGCCCUCGGAGCGCAAGAGCACGGCGCCCAAUUACUGAAGCCACACACUCACACUCAGACACGGCUGCUCACUGCCUCUCAGUGCACUGUACUAGAUACUGAUACAAGAAUUUAAUGUAUUCCUCCCU